CCAAGUCAUCACUCUCAUCUUCUUUUCAUUUUAAUUUAUGGUCAUCGGCGCCGGCCGAUGGGAUGGACACAAAAGUCAUAUCCACCGGAAUCCCAUAUACCACUGUACCCGAAUGUUAUAUCCGACCCGAAUCCGAACGACCCAAAUUAUCUCAAGUACAAGAAUGUGAAGAUAUACCCAUCAUCGACCUCGGAUCCUCCGACCGAACCCUAACCAUCCAACAUGUUGGCUAUGCUUGCCGUCACUUUGGUUUUUUUCAGGUAAUAAAUCAUGGAGUAUCAAUGGAAAUGGUGGAGGAAAUGUUAAAAGUGGGAUUGGAAUUCUUCAAUUUACCAGUGGAAGAAAAAAUGAAACUUUAUUCAGAUGAUCCAACAAAGACGAUGAGACUUUCAACAAGUUUUAAUAUUAAAAAAGAAAAAGUUCAUAAUUGGAGAGAUUACUUAAGGCUUCAUUGUUAUCCUCUUCACAAAUAUGUUCAUGAAUGGCCUUCUCUCCCCACUUCAUUCAAGGAAAUAGUGAGCAAAUAUUGUGAAGAAGUGAGAAAUGUGGGAUUCAAAAUACAAGAGCUAAUAUCGGAGAGUUUAGGCCUCGAGAAAGACUAUAUAAAGAAUGUCCUUGGCGAGCAAGGACAGCACAUGGCGGUUAACUUUUACCCGCCAUGCCCCGAGCCUGAACUCACAUACGGUUUACCCGCCCAUACUGACCCAAACGCCCUCACCAUUCUCCUUCAGGACCCGAGUGUCUCGGGUCUUCAAGUACUUAAAGACGCCAAAUGGUUGGCUGUCAAGCCCUACCCUGGCGCUUUCGUCAUUAAUCUUGGUGACCAAAUUCAGGCGUUGAGUAAUAACAAGUAUAAGAGUGUGUGGCAUAGGGCAACCGUGAACAAUGAAAGGUCUAGGUUGUCGGUAGCCUCGUUUCUUUGCCCCGAGGAUUGUGCGAUGAUUAGUCCGCCAAAGAAGCUAACCGAGGAGGAUAUGUCUGGAGCUGUGUAUCGAGAUUUCACUUAUGGAGAAUACUACAAAAAAUUUUGGAGUAGGAAUCUAGAUCAAGAGCAUUGCUUGGAACUCUUCAAAAACUCAGAAUAAGUAUAAGUUUGUCUCUAUGUUCAAUUCUCACGAAGAACAACUUAAUUUAAAUAUCGGUUAUGAUAUCAGUUCAAGAAAUUACCACGACCAUAAAUCAUGGUCACAAAAAGAGAUAGUGUAAAUCAUCUCUUGUUGACAAUCUCUUGUUGAAAAUGCAUAAAAAUAUAAAAUAAUUCAAAAUCAUUUCAAGCAUUAAGUAAGGAAAAGAAGAAGAUAAGUGAAUAUUUAAUUAUGUUUGUAUUACUAUUUGAUCUUAUUGUUGUAAUAAAUGUAUUUAAGCUUAUUU